ACCACAAUCAUUAAAACUAGACAACCAUUUUUCAUAACUUUUUUCCAAAUCAUGGCAUUCUUCGAACCUUCAAUUUGAUUAUAAUCAUCAGACCAUAAUUUGGUUUCACUGACUAUGUUGGCAAUUAUUCCUGAAAUUCUUUGAUUAAUUAAAACUCAAAACAAAUAAGUUACCUAUUGAACUUAUAUCGGUGAUGUAUCAUACUCUUUAUACCUUAUUCAUUGGCCAAUUUAUGCAUACUGGAAGUUAGUAUUGAGUGCCGGAUCAACAAUGAAUUUUCAAUUACUAUUAAUUUUUCUGAUAUCUGUUGUUUUAUCAGUCAUUAGUUUUGAAUUUUUUGAAAAAAAAUAUUUGAGACUACCCGACAGACAGAUAACGAAAAUUUGCAUUUUUCUAUUCUUGACCAACGUUAUUUUAUUGGCUUACAAUC